AUGGAUACUAUGAGUUGUAAUGUCUGUGGAAAUAGACUAGUAAUUAAAGGUAUUUCAUUGGUUUGCACUGGAUGUGGAAAUGCUACAGUAUGAAAAUAUGACUAAUAAUUAGAGAAGCAAUCAUAUAUUCUCAACUGAACAAGAAUACUAAAAAUCUAUGCUCAAAAGAACUACAUAACAUAUUAAAUAAAGAAAGGAUAGAGAUAUUUAAAUUAAUUUUACAUUAUCUGAACAUAUUAAACACAAUUGGAUAUAAUAUCUAGCAGCAUUUACAAAAUUUAUUAAUAAUAUUGCCAAGUAAUUGAAUUUAGAUAUUAAACCCCUUUAUUCAAGAUAUUUAUUUCAUCAUAUCAAUCAACCAGUCACUUCUAAUUGGACUAUUGCAAGAAAAGGACAUUAAGCAUUUUCAGACAACAGAAUUGUCAAUUCUAAAUAUUUAAUAAAUAAAACCAACAUAGAUUCAACAUUUAACAUUAAAGUAGAAGAUGAUUUUGACCAUGAUUUCGAGAAAUAACUAUAAAAUAAUUUUACAUAAGACUAAUAAAAUUAAAGCUCAGUAUUAGAGAUCCAUUAAAUUAAAAAAAAAAUAUCUAAACCAAAAAUACCAUUCUAUUAAAAGAGACUCAUCAAACUUUAAUUAAAAUAAGAAAGUAAUCUCAAUUCAAUUAAUUAAAAAAGAAAAUAAUCUGUCAAUAGAAAAGGAUCAUAAAUUCUUGAUAUACCUAUAAAUUAAGACAAAUCAACUUUUAUUAACGGUAUUCUUUCUUCAACUAAUCUUACAAAUACUAUUUAUUUUGCUUUGAUAGAAAUCUAUUUUGAAAAAUUUUACACUUUAUCUUCAAACGAUUUAAAAUCAACUAUCAAAAAAAUUAAAAAUAUCAAAUCAAAUUUAGAUCAUGAUACUUAAAUACUUUCAGUUAAAUCAAUAAAUUAAGAAUUAUUUAAAAGUAUGUCUCCUUUCUUAUAAAAGGAAUACUUAUUAGUUUAGGAUAUAUUGAUUUACAUGUUAGGAUGUCAAAAUUCUUUUUUUGAAAUGUCUGAGUAAUGGAAUAAUCUAGAAUUUAAGAAUAUUAACAAGAAUCUAAAAAAAAGAAAUGUUAAUUUUAUCUCAAGAAAAAUAAAAUAUAUUAAACAGUUUAUGAAAUCUUGUUAAUAAAUAGAAAUAAACACUUAAGAAACUGAUAUUACUGUCAAUAUCAGCAAUAAAUUAUUCUCGAAAAAAUAAAUAAAUUUAAUACCUUUAGAUUUUACUUUUGGAUUAAUAUUAUUAUAUGCUUCAAAUUUGGCCUAAGGAAAUAAAAUAUUUCCAAGUAAAUUAAUUUAAUUAAUCAAACAAAAAAAAAUAAAUUAUUUGGAAGGUUUUUCACAUUUAAUGAAUGACACAACAAACCAAUAUUUAACAAUCCCACAACAUUUACCUAAAACUAGUUUUAUUAGACAUCAUGCGGUAAAGCUAUUAAAAUAAUUUACUAUUGAAUAUUAAGAAUAUAAUAAGGAAUAAUUUUUAGAAAUGUUUAAAAGCGUAUGUAUUGAAUUAAAAAUAUCAUAAUAAUUAUAUAAUAUAGCUAUGUCAUUUGAAUAAAGGUAUUUUUUUAAUUUAAAAAUACAUAAUAGUAAAUAUGACAUUUAUUCUUGUAGUUUAAUUUUGCUUGCUUUUAAAUAUUACCUAUUUAUUGAUAAAUAGAGUGCAAUAAAUGAUUUAUGUUUGAUUUGUGAAUAUUGUAAAAACAUAUAGCCAUAUGAUUACAAAGAUUUAGAGGAUUGUAGCUUAGAAAAUUUGAAAUAAAAAUUGAAUACUUCAUAAAAUUUAGAACAAUAUUAUGGUGAUAGAGAUGUAAAUAUCAAACUAAAUGAAAAAUUAUAAUAAUUAGAUAAUUAUUAUGAAUAGCAAUUAGUGUAGGAGUAUUAAAAACAAAUAUCAACUGCUGAGAUAUCAAAUGAAGUAAAAAUAAACAUCAUUCAUGAAGAUUGGGACUUUUACAAAACAGGUGAUUUUGAAUUUGAAGCACCUGAAGUAAGAUUUUUGGAAAUGAAAUUAAGUAAUUAUAUUGAAGAUGAUAAUAAUUCUAUAAUAAAUUUUCUUCAUGAAUUAGAAAGAUUAUUAGUGUGA